GGUAUGAUACCGAGUCCACUCUUCCCCACCGCCUCUUUCUUGGGUCUCUCUCUCUCUCCCUGGGAAGUCCGAAGGGAGGGAAGGGACCAAAGCAAUGGAGCUGGCUUUGGAGUUUGAGCAGCAGAUAGAGAUCGGGGGAGAUCCCCAUUGAACUUCUCAUCAUUUCUCCCUUGGUUUCUGGGUAGGCUCUUUUAGGUUCUUCGUGUGAUGGAGAUGAGCGGCUGGCUUGGCUUCUCUCUGUCCUCCUGCAAAGGAGAGAGCUCCUGCUGCUGUGAUGAGGGGUUUGGAGGUGGGGCAGAGGGUGGUGGUGAUGGUGGAGAGGUGGGCUUUCAUCAUCCCUGGGCUGGUAUGCCUCUGCGCUCAGAUGGCUCCAUCUGCCUCAUGGAGCUUCCCCUUAGGCCGCCGCCUCCUCCUCAUGGUGCCUCAGUUCCAGAUUGGAGAUAUGGGAGUACCAUGGCCACGGCAUCCACCAGCUCAAACCAGGAAGGGGAAGGGCCAAAGCUGGAGGAUUUUUUGGGUGGUUAUUCUGAGAAUGCCGAUGAAGAGAACCAAAGCCACCAUCCGGUCUCCAACUACCAUGACAUGUACUACCAAAGUUCUGAUGGUCCUGGAAUCAAUGUCAAUAUGCCCCCAUCCUUCAGCCCUGACGAAACCAGAGCAGAAGAAGACAUCCACAACUCUUAUCAUUUCCCCCAAGCUUUUCACCAACCUAACCAUUCUUUCCAAGAAAUCCCCACCCUCAAGCCUCAAUUACUUGUACCCAACCCCAACCCCAACCCCACCCCAUUUCCUAAUUCGAUGUACAAUGGGGGCUUGGAUGGCUCGACCUCCAUAUCGGGAAUUAAGUCUUGGCUCCGACAAAACCAAUAUGUGCCGGAGAAACAAUUGGCCGAGCCAAGUGAGUGCAACAUCCAAUGCUUAACUCUUUCCAUGAGCCCUGGCAUGCAUUCUGUGUCAAGCGAAAUGGUGCCGGUGAGUUCAUCUCCUGCAGCUGCUGUUAGACCGAAGUGCCCGAAUACCAAGUCCGCCGCUCGAGAGCCAGUUCCUCGCAAGUCUAUUGAGACCUUUGGGCAAAGGACCUCUCAGUAUAGAGGAGUUACAAGGCAUAGAUGGACAGGAAGAUAUGAAGCCCAUCUGUGGGAUAACAGCUGUAGAAAGGAAGGUCAGACAAGAAAGGGAAGGCAAGUUUAUUUAGGGGGGUAUGAUAAGGAGGAAAAGGCAGCAAGGGCAUAUGAUUUGGCUUCUUUGAAGUACUGGGGUCCAGCGGCUCACAUAAAUUUUCCACUGAGCACUUAUGAGAAGGAGCUCGAAGAGAUGAAGCACAUGUCGAGACAAGAGUUUGUAGCCAACUUAAGAAGGAAAAGCAGUGGAUUUUCUAGAGGGGCAUCUGUUUACAGAGGGGUGACGAGGCACCACCAACAUGGAAGAUGGCAAGCUAGAAUAGGGAGGGUGGCGGGGAACAAAGACCUGUACCUUGGAACAUUCAGCACUCAAGAGGAAGCUGCCGAAGCCUAUGACAUCGCCGCGAUCAAAUUCCGUGGCUUGAAUGCAGUGACCAACUUCGACAUUAGCAGGUAUGACGUGAAGCGCAUAUGCUCGAGCUCCCAUCUCAUCACUGGCGAUCUCGCCAAGCGCUCCCCCAGUGCGACUCCCACACCUUCAGAGCCGACCGACGCCGACCGACCUGCACGAGUCAUCGCAAACUCCGGUAGCAAUGACAUCGAUGACUUCUCCGACAUGCUAUGGAACUCUAAGGCCGAACCUUGUUCAAGCCCGCCUCAACUUCUCAACUCUGUCUCCUUAAUUUCAGUGAGCAACCCAAACUCGGUGGCCAACAAGGCUGAGAGCCCAAGGAACGCUGGCGUCAACCAAAAAGCCUGUGGGGACUUCCCUCAGGCGUUCUACUUCCCUCAUGGAAUGAAGGUUGAGGGUGGGGAGAAUGGCAAUGUAGGUGGUGGAACUGAUGGGAACAUGAAGUGGAUGGUGGCGGCAGCGGCACGGACGUCCGGGCUACCGGUGGCUCAUCAGCUUCCCAUGUUUGCUCUGUGGAACGAGUGACCAUGUACCGCAGGAGCCAUUUGGUGUUCUGGUGAGGCCAUUUUUUUUCCCCUUGGACCAUACGUGUAUGUGCCCUUUGAGCAAUUAGACCCUUACAAGCAUUCCCUGCUUGUUAUCUUCAACAGCUGAUGACAAUUUUGUAGCAACAUAUAAUGGUUGCAGCUAUUCGUAAGUGUUACCCAGAUUUGUUUUGAAGAGUUAAGGGAUCUGAUGGUUUAGUAAUCUAUGAAUGGAUGCAAAAUGCUUUUAUCUGGA